CUUGGAGCUGGUCGGUCGGCGCAGGCGCGUGCAGAGACUUCCCCUUUGUGAUAAUCGUCUCUCCAAUCUUAAUCAUUCUGUCCAGUCAAACGUAACACAUGCGUGGCCAUUUUUUUUUAAACGACAUCUCGGAUCGUAUCAGGUGUCGAUGCCGCACCGCCUUGACACGAAAACUGCACUGUCAAUGUCGAGAUUGGCCAGAACGUUUCUCCACCGCGCAUUGUCUGCCUUUGACAGAGUUUGAAUUUGUACUUUCAAUUGCAACACUCGGUUCGUGUGUCGUAAAAUUUCCUACUUUUCUAAUUGCAUGACAUUAUUAUCCCAGCGAAGUGACCAAACAGGCUCCUUUGUGACUUGUCGACAACACCGCGUCAUAUUUUGUGCGUGGUGCUGGAGUUGGUCGCAUGCGAGUGACAAGUCGAACCGGUGGAGGGCGACAUCACGCAUUGAAACAUCGCGGAGGAGAGAAAGGAAGAAAACGUUGACUCCGAAUUCUAAGCUGCGUUUGCUCGCUUUCAAUGUACUUGAAAGGCACCAGAAGAGGAAAAAGAAGGAAGCAAGUCGCCGCUCGGCCGUCACGUUUGCCACUCGGUGAAAACACCGCGAGGAGAGAGAAAAGAGUCAAGGGAUGGCACAGUGAUGGCAGAGCUCCAGAUUGACCAGUCCAACCUCCCCCGUGUUCAGGAAGUGUGCCAGAGUUUUGCCGUUUUAGAAGACGGCGCGCUGGCACAAAGUCUUCAGGCCCAGGAAACUGCCCGUUACAAUAAAGCUUUGACGACGACUGACGGGGAUGGGCGAUGGCAGACGAUAUUUCGUAUCGGGCCGGAACUCUCUAACGUCGAGCAGUACUACACCACCAACGUCCAGAAGAGCCGACUGGUGCAGAACGACAUCCGCGUGGCCAAGCGGCUCCAGGAUGAGGAGGAGGCGCAGCGGACCCUGCAAAGGGACCUGCUCAGACAAGAGUCCAGAGAACUGGAAGAACAGGACCUGGAGUACGCCCGCGUAAUCCAGGAGGAGAUCCGGCGGCGGGCCGAAGAGGCCCGGAGGAGGGAGCGGGAUGACGAGGAAAUGGCGAAACGGAUGCAGGAGGAGGAAGAGCUGAGGAUGAGGAGGUCCAGAACAGAGGAGGAGCGCCACCGCCGCCGUGAAGGCAGCGCCGGCGGUUCUGCACCGCCGUCACCAAAUCGACACCCGCUCGGCGGACAGCAUCCGGGCGCGGCCGCCGCCAGGUGGCGCUCUUCUAACACUUGGAACCCUCCAGAUUACAGCUGGCCCCCUCCUCCGCCUUACUACCCUGCCGGGGUAGCAGACAACCAAAGUCCAACUUGGUGGUCAAGUGAAGGCCACACGCAUUCCCGCCGGCAACUCAGGAGGGAAAGCCAAGCGUCGCCGCGCGCACACGCCGAUUUCUUUGAACGGAGACCGAAUACGAGGAACAACACGCCGCCUCUCCGUCGCCGCUUGUCUUUACGCUUGCCUCGCGAGAGAGACCGCACGAGUCUUUACACCGCCAACGGCGUCCGAGAGACCUUCUACGAUGACAACGAGCGUCAAGAAAAGAGGAGCGCACGGGACCGGGAACGGGAACUGGACCACCGAGCGCAAAACACCACGCGGAGCCAUCAGGAUGGAGCCCCGAGAUCACCCGAGGCCCGAGAACGGCGCUGCAGGCGCGGUGAAUCUUUGCGGAUUCACGACCGGCCCGGACCGGGCAGAGGGGACGCGUCCGGGACGUGGAGCACCAGAGACGACUCCGACAAACGCGUCCGCUUCGCGCCAGGCGACGGGGGCUCCGGCGGACGCUCGGACCCCGGCGCGCGGGUCUGGGAGAUGCUCGGCCACGUCCUCAGGGAGCGGGGUGUCGCCGUCACGUUGGGGGGGCGCGGCGCCCCGCUGAAAAUAGGACCCCAAAGGCCGGACGGCCAAGCCUCCCCGAGACCACAUCAGAGAGCCGCAGCCGGGCACAGUUUCCACGGCGACAGGAGGGCGUCAUCUCGCCGGGACGACAGCGAGCCAGAUUGCGGAACAUCCGAAGGCGACGCUCCUUCUCAGACCCGCGGCACAAGGCGGCGGCGGCCCGACCGCGGAAGCGUCGCAAGCCAGGAGACGCUCGCGAGGACCCCCGGCGGCGGCGGCCAGCGGGAAGGAGAAGCGGAACCGGAGCCGGAGCGGCGACUUCGGAGAAGCCUCAGCAGCCCCUGGGUCAGGUGGAGACGCGCGGCAGCAGGAGCGUCGCUGCCCCCCAAGAAGAGGCAGACCGGCCUGGAUCUGGGGGACCUGCAGCAAGUUCUACUUGAUGAGGAGCUGGCCCGCGAGCUGCAGGAGCAGGAGCAGGAGCAGGAGACCGAGACCACCACUUCGGAAAGAGUCCGCAAAGGCUCACAGCCCAGGCCACGUAGCCCUGACUCCACGGGAGACUUCCGGGUCGCGCAGGUGGCCCAGGAUGAGGAAAUCGCUCGCUAUAUGCAAAAGCAGGAAAUCCAGUUGGAUCGCACGUCACGGGAGUCGGAAGGAGCGGCGGAGGCGUGGCGGGAGCACCGAGCCGUGGUGGGCCACUGCGACCGGAGAACGGCGCGAGACAAACAGGCGCCGAGGCAGAGGCAGAGGCUGGAUUCCGAGGGCCUCCCUUCCCCCGCCGAGGACUCCAGUCCGGAGAAUGGACCUCCCGACCGCGCCGACCCGCCGAGUCUUGUUUCCGGCCAAUCCCAGCGGGUCCAGAACGUUGCGGAGGAGCUGGACCCGACCUUCCAGGCCAAGAGGCAAGGAGCGGACGUCCUCGGAACGGGACAAAGCGGCGGUGCCGGUUGUCAGUCGCUUCCUGAGGCGCCGACCUUCAUCCCGCCCACCAAGCGUCAAAAGGACAAAGACGGCCGGGCUAAACCCAAAGAAAAGAAGGAAAGUUUCGGCCCACCAGCACUUUACAGCAGAAAAGCUCAAGAGCCAAUUCCGUUUUUAUUCUUCCUGUAAACAAAGACGUUGAAGGGCCUCCGGCCGCGCGUUCAACUUUUCUUUAUUUAAGCGACGUGUUUUUGUUUUGGAGCUAUAUGCUGUCAUUUUAUUUUUGGAAUGUUUGUCCCUCGUUGUUUAAUGGCGCAGCAUGACAAUAUUUCUUUGAAUACAGCCAGCGCGUUCACGUCCAACUGCAAUUUUUUUUUUUUGUCCAAAAUGCUUUUUUGUGCCCUAAAAUGAUUUGUACUCUAUUUUAUAUCUUCAUUAAAGGAAGUAAAACUU